AUGGAGCAGCAAGGGAGCAAGGGCCUGAAGUUAGCGCGGGGGACAGACACAGCCGUACCCACACGCCGCCAGCGGCGCGAACACAAGUGCGCACCGCCGUCCACCAGCCGAGUGUGUGGCCAGACCCAAGGAGGCCACGCCGGUCCAAACUCAACUUACACGCACGCCCAGACCACUGGCACGGCUCUCGAAUGUGGGGGGGUGUCUAGGGGGCAGGGUGGGCCUCGAAAGCUGGCAGUUGUGAGGUCGUUUGCAGCAGUGUGUAAUCCCCUCUGCUUCUUCCAGGAGCCCCCACGAGAGCAUCUGGCCCCUCUGAGAAAAGAGAGAGAAGCAGCCAAAGCCGAGGAGCAGCAGCAAAGCGAGGAGCUGCUGAAACAGACGGAAACCGAGAGGCAGAAGAUCGUCUGGGAGUGGCAGGAGCUGCGAGGGUUUCUGGAGGAGCAGGAGCAGCAGCUGCUGUCCCGGCUGGAGGAGCUAGAGAGAGUCAUUGUCCAGAGAAGGGAUGAGGGCAUCUGCAGCCUGUCUUGGGAGAUUUCCCUGCUCAGCGAGAGGGGAGGAGAGAAGGGGCAGCAGCCGCUGAGCCAACCCCUGCAGGGUGCUGGAAGCACUGGGGGCAGCAGGGAGGACGAGACAUUUCGGAAACCAGAGCCGUCGUUUGCGGAGCUGGAGAAGAGACUCGGCGAUUUCUCUCUGAAAAGUGCCAUGCUGCAGGAGGUGCUGCUGGGAUUCAAAGCCCAGCUCAGCGAGUCGCCCUUCCCCAUGGAGCAGCCCUGUGGGGCUGGCUCUGUCUGCAGCGGCUGCGUUAUCGGCCUCUGAUCUCUGUCACCAUUUCAUAGUUAACAGCAGUUCCAUUAAUAAGCAAUGGG